ACAAAUCCACGGCUCGCUCAAAACAGGAUGGACAUCAGGAAUCUGCUCUUGGCUUUAUCGUGAUACGUUCUUCUUCGGCAGCCUCUCUUCCUACCAUCGACUAUCCUUCCUGCGUCAUUAUCGACCUCGUAAAGAGCUGCUCCAGCUCCAGGACUAGGCGAUCAUCAUGGCUUAUGCCUACGCUCAGCCUGGCGUGGUCGUGGCUCAUCCCGGUCAAUCUCAGAUGCAGUUCCAGUCGGCUGCCCAGGCGAGACAGUAUCAACAGCAGCAACAAGCACAGAUCCUGCAUCAACAACAGCUACAACAACAUCACGAGCAGCAGCAGCAGCAACAACAGCAGAUGCAGAUGCAAAUACAGUAUCAGCAACAACACCCAUCGCACCAGAUGCCACAGGGAAACGUCGUCAUGGUCAACGGCUACCCUCGACCCUCGAAUUCGGCUGUCCAGCACGGUCAUGCUCAUCCUUCCCAGGAAUACGCCGUACCGUUCUCGACGACCCAAUACGCCGAGCACCAACCUGUAGCUGGUCCUUCUCACCCAGCUGGACAACAGGUGCACGGCCAUCAGCAGGUCCAGAUGGCCGUUCCCGCAGGUAUGACGCUGCAGAGGACAUCACAGGGCAGGAUGAUCGUCGUCCCGCUACCCGUACCCCACCCUUCCCAUCCAGAAGGAGCAGCUCCGAAUGGAUACGCACAUCCAUCACAACCUCAACCUCAAUCUUUAUCAGCUCGACCCGGUCUCCAAUUGACACCUCAGAACCAGUUUCACACGCCUAUCCAACCUCAAUCGCAACAUUCGGGUUAUACGGCCACUCCACGUACUCAGCCUACACCGGGUUUGAUUCCAGGGACAGUCGCCAGGGUACCAACGAGCGCUGCGGACGUACUCGGAUCUGCCUUGAGUCAAGGUCCUCUGGAACACCCGACGACCGGUGUAGGGGGUACGAAUCCUGGUCCUUCUGGUCAUCCGGAUGAGAUCGUCAUGAUCGACGGUCAAGCCUAUUCGGCCCGGACUGUACGGGAACGUCAAGCGGUCCACCGGCAUAAUAUGAUGGUCCACCAGCAGCAGCAGCAACAGCAGCAGCAGCAACGUCAGAUGGAGCAAGAACAGCUCGAGUUGGAACGACAGCAUGAACUGAGGGCGAGGCAGCAGGAGCUGUCCGAUGCCGAGGAGCAGGCGGAGGCGGAGAUGCAGAUGCAGCUUCAUCUUCAACGCCAAGCGCAGGCUCAGGCUCAGGCUCAGGCUCAAGCUCAAGCUCAGGCUCAUGCGCAGGCGACGGCCAGAUUGCAGCAAGAGCAGCUGAUACAGGAUCGGGACCGGGACCGGGCGUUGCAGAUGCAACAACAGCAAAGGCAGAAACUGCAGCAAAUGCAGUUGGAACAGCGGCAACAGGAGCAACAGCAGCAACAGGCUCAACAGCGACAACAGAAGCUUGGACAAGUCCCGAAUGGGGUUUAUGGGGCACAGCAACAAUCACCUGCGAGGGUCCAGCCUGGGCAGGCGGGUCCGUACCAUACGCUCCGUGGACAUGGUCAAAUGCAGGAAUCCCCCGUCGUCCCGAUCCCUGUUCAAAGCGAAGCCCAGAUCCAGCAGAUGCGGGAAAUUCAAGCUCAGCAGAUGAGGGAGAUACAAAUUCGGCAGCAGUCGAAUUCGACGCCCUCUGAACAACAUGCAAUACAGGUGAGGGCAGGGCAGAUCUCGACGGCCGAAGCUAUGGCCAUGCGGGAUCGAGAGAGGGAGAUGCGGAGUGCUAUGCAAGGACCGACGGAUACUCCGGUCCAGUCGAGGUACGCAUCGGGUCAACGCAUGAUACCAGGUUCGGCUAUGAGCACUCCUGCCGGUCCUGGUCCCGGUUCAGAGAUGGCUAGUACCGCCUUGAGUACACAUUCUCAGCCGCCAAGCCAAGCUGGAUCUGCGGUUCGGUUGGCGCAGAUGCAAUUACAAGCCGGGUUGGGUUUGGGUAUGCCUGCAAAGAGGGAGGCCGUCGACGCUUCCAGUGCAGCUGGGUAUCCGCCUCCAAGAGCCAUAACCAUGGUCAUGCAUGGGGAAGAGAAACCGGCAGGGGCGACCAGUCCGAACUUUGAGACCGAGCCUAGGGAGUUUCGACUCCCGACCGCUCGACUGGUCUCACACAGCCCGAUGGCGCCUGGUCGGCCAGGCGUAGUGGGAACGCAUCCUGGGGACAGGCAACCGAGUCAUGUACCAGUAUACGGCGACAUGGAGGGUGUGCCGCAAUUUAUGCCUAGCGGGAUCACGAUCGGUUUGCAGGACGAGCAGGGUAUCGUCAGCGGGGUUGAAGAGGAUGCUGGAAUGAUGGUGCAUCCGGCGAUGAACUUUGGUCAGGCGACACUACGGAUGAUGCAGUUCUUUGAGCGAGUGAAAGACGCCUCAGAGAGCGUGUACUUUUCCGCUUACCAGCUGCUGGUAUCGGAGUACUUCCUCGACCAGGCGGUGCUGGAGUUGACAUUGACUGGAGCGGAAUCUAGAGAAUUCUCCAUGCCGCAAUACCUCCUGCCACGUUUCUUCAGCACGGUUCGUGGACAUGAAGCGGUCCGGACCGCUUGGAAUAUCGCCAACCCUCGGGAAACAUACGUCGAAGAUCCCGAACUACCGGCUCCCGUCGCAGAAGGCAGUCCUCAAGGAGUCGCCCUCGAGAGUUCAUCCUUGUCAUGGUCCAAAUACAUGGCAAACGGAGCCGUCGUCAUCUCGCAUGGAGCAUGUCGUGCGAUCUGGACGCUGGAACCGAUGACCGGCAUACUCAAAAUGCACCGCUUGGAAUUGGCUUUGCGGGCCAAUGACGACCUCGUCUUCCGCUCGGCAAUACAAGUGACGCAGCAGACGCCGAGACUGGCUUCCCAGUUGCAAGUUCGCAUGGAGCAUUUCGACGGGGACGAAUCGAUCUCCGCCUCGCCUCAGGAACAGUUCCAGGUAAAGGUUGAGGAACGGCUUGGAGACAUGAUCCCCUUGUCGACACCUCCCAUAUCAAUCGAUAGCUGCAAGACAGACCAGUCUCCUCAGCAGGGUGAUGGGGGACAGGAUCAGCGCAAAUUGCUGGAAGCGGGCGAGAUUACGCUCAACGGAUCAGGUCAACGGUCGCUAACGGGUUCGCGGCAACAAAGCCAUAGCGAAACCGGAGAACUCGUGGCCGAAAAUUACAGCGAGAGCCAUAUGACACGGCAGGUGCGGCAGUCGAGCGGGGUGCGGGUGAAUAUACCGGCGAACCCGCUGGAUCAGUAUGGGAUGAGCGCGUCAUCGCUUAGGUUCCUCGAUUUGGCGAGCACUUUCCUAGGUAUGGUCCCGCUCUUCGACUUGAGCCUUAGAGAGCGCAUCAGCCCAAAAGUCGCCCUGCAACAAGCCGUAGCCCGAGACCGAGUCGGAUUGACAAACAAGAGUGCGAUACAGCCUCUCGACGAGGACUCGCCCGGUUCAGACCAGAACGACGGGAUGGUGCUGGCCGAUGCGCAGCAACAGCACAUCAUGCCCGCCAACGGGUUACAGCCGGCUCAUCCCGUCCUAUCUAUCCGGACCAACAACUUGACGCCGACACCCAUGUUCACGAGCGCUUUUACGACGACACCGCUCUCUACCUAUCCUCCCCUUACGCCCCAGAACCAGCCGACCCCUGGUGGUAUGGCCCUGGUCGUCGGAGGCACACCUCGUCAUUCGGUGGACGAGAUGUCUGCGACCCCCUUUUCCUCCUAUCACGGGUCUCAGAACGGGACGCAAUCACAGCAAGGCAAACUCAAACGCAAGCUGGAUCGAUCUGUGGACUAUCAGGAGGAGGGUGGGGAUGUUCCCGGAAUCGCCAGACAGCAAUCGCAAAAACGGGUCGCCCCGAACGCCAGAAAACAAUCAAGCACCAGCACGGUGAAUGAAAUAUAGAAACGCCAUGCCUCGCCCCUCAUUCCGGAAAUCUCUCGACCAUUCUUACGACUCGACCUACGCUCUAUAAGGGCAAUGAUAAACGGUCGCCA